CACUAGGAGAGGCGCCCGGCAGCCCCGUCUGCCGAGCGCGGCGCUUCCGCUGCGCUGACCUUCGGCGGCGGCGGGCGUAAAGAUGUCGGCACCAACAAUGGAGGAGAGAAAGGCCUGCUGGGGAGCUCGGGAUGAGUUCUGGGAGUGCUUAGAUAAAAACAGCAAAGACGAAUCCAAAUGUCAGAAGUUACGGUUAUCUUUUGAAUCUAGAUGUCCACAGCAAUGGGUUAAAUACUUUGACAAAAGAAGAGACUACUUAAAGUACAAAAAAAAGCUUGAAAUGGAAGGAUAUGUUUCACCAGAAACAACUGGCAAGUCAUAGUUACUCUGCUUUCACAAUACAUCCAGUGAGAGUAACUUUAAGGAAAGGAAAAGCAUGACAAAGUGACAGAAUCUGCUUGAGCUAAAGAACUGAUAACCUGACAUGUCUAAAAAUGCAGGCUGCUGCUCUUGUUGCAAAGUCCCAUGUGUCUGCUGAAAGAAGAUGGUCAUAGAUGGCUUUUUCAUGAAGAAUGAGUCAAAGAAACAGAGCUGUUCACAAACCCAUGUGUUUGAAUGCAAAAUUACAAUCAAAAACUUUCACGAGAAUUAAUGAAUGAUUAUAUAAUGUAAUGAACAUAUUCAAAGAGUAAUAAAAGCAUUUUUCAGUAAGUGAGCUAGCUGUCCUAAACAGAAAUGCCCAUCUAGCCCUUGUGAGAAGGGGUGGCACUGUAAUUUGUACUGAUCAUUUGCCAAAUCUUUGAAAAUAUUUUAAAAUACAGUUUAAUUCAGAUGUUAACUUCACCAUAAAGAGCAGAUAAAACAAGACCUAACAAAUCCUAUGUGUACAACAGACUUAAGUUACAUAUUUUGAAUACACUGAGCUAUAAAAUCUAUUUUUUAUAUUAAUCAUACAGGUCAGUUUUGAAUAAAUAUUUGUAUUAGCACUAGGGUAAUACUUACCAUUAUUUUCACAUUAUGGUCUUUUGGUCUAAUUUAGUAUUCAUCCUCUUGAAGAAACUCCACUAAAAAUAUAGAUUGAUAUUUACAGCAGGAUUACAGCAGAUGCUGGAGGUAUUUAAUACGUUCCCUAAACUACAGAAACUCUUGAUUGUGGUUAUCUGAAGAUACCAAUUUCAAGCACAGUUGCCACAACCAAAGUAAGCACAGUUAAAAUCCUGUAUUUUGAAGUAAAUUGAACUGAGGUGUACUAUGCUGAUGUUCUAACAGCAAUAAAUCACACACCACAUACAAUAUAAAUAUUAUUUAUUACCAAUGUAACAGUUAUAUUUGAUGAGGUAAAGCAUUAAGGCAUUUAAAAAUCAAUCUGAACUACAGAGUAAAACAUGCAGAAGUUCAGUAUCCUCAUUCACCCUGAGUCAUAUCUAUUCAAUAUUUCAUACUAUAGCACCGUAAGAACCCCUCAGCUGUACUAGAAGGCACAAAACUCUUGGCAGUUAUUUUUGUUGUUUUUGUUUUAUCACUUGUUGCCUUGUGUACUCCCAGAUCAGCAGAGCUCCACUUACAUGAACAUUGAGUGAUCGAAUAAUACCCUGUUGAGGAAUUUCCACACAGACAUCCAGGUGAUGAAUCAAGUUUGCUGGAAUUCCUUCAUGUUCAUUUCUAAUAAAGGAGAAACAGUAACUUAA